CGACGCAUAUUGAGAGAUUUCUUCUUCCUAAAUUUUUUAGUGCGUUACUAAACGAACUGAACUGAGGAGCUGGCACUACGAGUUCCAUCGUUACAGCUAGGUCGUCAGUAACAGAAGCUUUAAAGAAGACUAACAAAGCUGUGCCACAGGUCGAGAUAUCAUUGGCUCAUUACAAAGGGACUCUGUCGAGUGUCGGCUUGAACUUCAUUGGUCACAUACAAGUUACAGUUAUGUCUGUGAUACGGCCAUUACAUCAAAAAGACACCCAACAGGAAAAGGCAACUGAACUACGCUCUUCUUUGUAGUUUAUUGCUUUAAAGAAUUUGUACUCCUUUUGAUGCCAUUUUUAUCUUCUCCUUUACUUGCUCUUUGAACUUGAACUUUUCAAGCCCUCCAUGAUAUCCCCCAGACUGUCUCCUCGUUCGAAGACUAUGUGAUAGUCUGGUGAUGAGUAUACUCACGAUGGAGUCUCUUCGUCCAAAUCGGGAGCUAUUGGAUCCAAAAUUUGAAGGCUACAAACUUGCUUUGGACCCCCUGACACUGUCUUCCACCAGUUUAGCUUCUGCAGUAAACAAUGUACCGCUCAGAGAGGAAUCAUUUUCCUUUCAACACAUUCGAGCUUUUGGAAAUCGCAACCAUCUGGUGAUCGACUCUUGGACUGAUUGCGGGAAAACUGAAGUUGUUUAUUUCGUGAAUGAAAACUACGAAGUCCAAAGGGUAUUUGUAAAAGACAAAGAUGUUUCAUUCAUUGAUACAGUAUUCAAACCAGCAGCAGUAGAAAAAACUAAAGAAAGUUUGAACACGACUUUGUUUUUUCCUUCACAAUCUCUGGCUUGUUUGUCGGAUGGAAGUGGGAAACUCUACUUGCUGCAAACAGGUGACAGAACAGGUGAUAUUUCCCAGAAUACAGUGUGGAAGGUUUGCACAGUUUACCAGAUUGACCAGCCAUCUGUGAUCCUUCAUGCUAUUCAAAACCAAGAAACUGGAUGUGUCAAUUGCUUGUUAUUGAGUAUCACAGAAAAUGUUGCUUCUACAUCAGUGAAAGAUGCUCACCUUGUUAAUUUAGAGUUGAUCACAUUUUCACGAGUCAAUUACUCAGCAACCAGUUCUGCAAAUUACAACUGUGAGAUGUUGCAGCAGUUCAGAGGUCACAGUGCACCAGUGUAUGCUGGGAUUGAGUGUGGUGGUACAGCUAUUUUAGUGGCAAGUGAAAGACCAUUUUCUCUAAAGAAAGGUGACAGUGAGGAAAAGCCAUCAGGUAUGGCUGAGGUAGAGUCCCACAGUUCUUCAGCAAAAGUAUACAAAUGGUCUCAGGACAGUGAAGAUAUCACAAUAAAAUUUGAUCUACCAGAAGGAACCAAGAAAAAUGAAAUAACCUGUAAUAUAACAGCAGAUUCUGUGGACCUUCAAAUUGGGACAGAAGUUUUGUUGAGUGGUCCUCUUUAUGCGAAAGUAAACUCAGAGGAAAGCACAUGGACAGUUGAGGAAAAUAGUUUGGAACUGGUCCUUGUAAAGCAGGUUCAUGAACACCACUGGAGCAGUGUUGUUCAAGGUGAUGACAGAGGUGUCUAUGAACUGGUAGGUGAGGAGGCGGAGAGAGUAAAGGAGAUUCACAACAGAUUGGAACACCUCACAUCAGACAAAAUGGUGGAAAAGUCACGGGAAAGUAAGAUGUCAUUUAGUAAUGAAGAAUUCGAAGAAUGUGAUGCUUUCCCAGAGGAUAUUGAGUACAUCUUUCGGCUGGAUGUUAAAACUGGAGAGGUAACACACAAGGUUUGUUUAGCAAGUCAUCAGUGGAUUUUCAAUGCAUCACUUGAUAAGAAUCUCCCUCCUGCAUUCUGCAUACGCCAUGACGUUGAUGCCCUUGUGUGGCAGCCCAAGGCACACUCGGACAGCGAGUCUAACUGGAUUCACACUGGAACAUUUAAUGCUUUAGGUUAUGUUCAGGCUGCUAAAAGGGAUCGCAAAUUCUCCACAUGCGCCCCAGAUUUGUCCUAUGCUGUGAUAUGUGACAACACAAGACAUGUUUAUGUUUACCAACAACCUGAAGGGGGGGCCAAACAUGCCAGCCAACAAGUUGUAACAUUAACAACUCCUGACAAUGAAAUCCUUGGGCUCCAGGCAUCUAAUAAUAGGAUUUUUGUCUUGACUAGAGAAGCUGUGCAUGUUGUAACAGUAAAGUAAAACACUUUGUUUAAUUUUAAGAAAUUUCAAAUUAGUUUUAUUAAUAUGAUUUGCAUAGUACACUUUUCGAUUUUGAGUUUUUAGUUACUUCUUUGAUACAACCACAUCAGUUAUGCUCUUACCUGUAACUUUAAAUUAUCAGUAUUAAUAUUUUAAUUACGGUAAUACUUUUUAGGUCUUAAUAAGUGUCAUUUGCACUUUCACUGUACCUUCUGAUAAGAGAUUGAAAUACACUGGUCCUGAGAGUUUACAAUUAAA